GGGGCAGCAGCAGCAGCAGCAGCAGCAGUAGUGUUGUGGUAGUGCAGCAGCAGCAGUGUGGUGGACACCGUCAUGGAGCUCUCUGGCCAAGGACAACCUCCGGGAAACCAGACUAUUACCCUCAUGAAAAUUGGUCAUUACCAGAUUGGUAACACUCUGGGUGCUGGAACAUUUGGCAAAGUUAAAUAUGGGGAGCACAUUCUCACUGGUACCAAGGUUGCUAUCAAGAUUCUCAACCGCAAAACUAUCAAGAAUCUGGAUAUGGUCAGCAAGAUAAAAAGAGAAAUCACAAACCUUAAGCUGUUUCGCCAUCCACAUAUCAUUAAAUUGUAUCAGGUGAUAAGCACUCCUACAGACAUCUUUAUGGUGAUGGAAUAUGCUUCAGGAGGAGAGCUUUUUGAUUAUAUUAAGAAAAAAGGCAAGCUCAAAGAAUCAGAAGCUCGUCGAUUCUUCCAGCAGAUUAUAUCAGGGGUAGAUUAUUGUCAUCGUCAUAUGGUAGUGCACAGAGAUCUCAAGCCUGAAAAUCUCCUUUUGGAUCACAAUCUUCAUGUGAAAAUAGCAGACUUUGCAUCUCUGCCUUUUACACUGGUGGAUCUCCUCCGCCUGCUCCUCCAACUCCUUCUUUCAGUCCCUCUGACCCUAAUCCAAGUCCAUUUAAGCCUCAUCCAGAAAGAAUUGCACCUCACCUUGGCAAGAUUCAAGCUGAGUUACGAGCAUCCUUGAGGGAGCGAGCAUUAAGUGGUGACCGAGGAGUGCCUAAAGGAACUCCAGGAAAACGUGCAAAAUGGCAUCUAGGUAUCCGCUCCCAGAGUAAACCCCUGGACAUCAUGAGCGAGGUUUAUAAGGCUAUGAAGGUUCUUGGCUUUGAAUGGAAGGUAGUUAAUCCUUUCUAUGUACGUGUCCGCCGGAAGAACCCUGUUACCAGUAACUAUGUACACAUGGCUCUCCAGUUGUAUCAGGUGGAUUACAGAUCACAUCUCCUUGACUUCAAAAUUAUAUUCAAUGAGGUGAAUAAUGAUUUAACUACAUCUGAAAAGAAAGUUGCAGAGGAAGAAGGCCAAAAUCCUGGGCAUCAUGUCAUGGAGUUCUUUGAGAUGUGUGCAGCACUCAUAACAGAAUUAGCACGAUAAGAUAGUAUAUUUAGCUACUUCUGUACAUCAUUGAUACCUGCUGUGCCUAUGGACCUUGGUUUAUUGAUAAAUUAAAUAUCAUGUAUGUAUGACAUUUAUGUAUAAAGCUAAAACAUGAACAGUUCACUUGCAGUACUUAUUUGCCACCCAAAAUGUUUGGAUUAGCACAAUGUGUGUACAGUUGUUUUUAUUUACCUUUUUGUAUAUAAUUAAUUUAUAUUAUUGGUGGUAAAAUGAAAAAUGUCAUUAUGCUCCUAAAUUAUUUUAACUUGUUCUCUAGUUUAUUGUGAAUAAGAGAUUUCUGUAUAUAUGACUGACUGAAAAGGAUCUAGAAAAUGCUAUUCAUCUUGUAUAUUUGAUAUAUUAUUCCUUCUAGGAACUCGGUAACCUCAGACAUGUCAACAUUUGACAUUUAUGGACAUCAUAAAACAGGUGUUUUAGUUUGUGGUCUUGUUCCUUGUAAAUUUUGUUAACUGCUGCUGCAUACAGACUUCAAAAUGUGGCAAGACAGUUGUUUAGCAAGGCUGGCCUUAUUAGACAAGAUUUGUUCAAGUGUUAGCUUCAUCAAGAAUUGGAUAAAGCUCACACUUUAGCAUAGAGCUUCCACUUGAACAAAAAGUUCUCUUAAUUUACUGACAUGUUCAGUAAGGCAUUUGAGGCAGAGGACCAUAGUAGGAAAAGACAAUGAUAUUUAAUUGUACUUUUGUAAGGGUUGUGAUAGUGUCCCCCCCACAUAAAGUAAAUCAGAAUGGGACCAGUUAAAAAUGUUGUUCUGCAUUUUUUUUUUCAGUAAUAUACAUUAAUGACCUUCAUGAAGGAUGAACUUCAGGAUGUUUUGGGCAAGUUAAUGUAGUCAAGAAAUUUAUAAAAGCAGUUCAUUGUGGACAUGUACAAUGUCCUAAGCCUUGGGAAUGCUUGCCUAUGGUAAGCAGAACCCUGAAGAUAAGACAGCACAUUUACAACUGUUUAAGAGGGUGUGUCAAGAAGAAAGUUGGAAGUGAACAUAGAUAAGAGUAAGGUGAUGAGAGUAUCAAGAGUUAGGUAAAGAAAAAUUUAUAUCAGAUUGGAGGGAGGGAGUAUGGAAGAAGCAAAUGUGUUCAGAUAUUUGGGAGUAGACUUGUCCGCAGAUAUGUUUAUAAAGGACGAGGUAAACCGUAGAAUUGAUGAAGGGAAAAAGGUGGGUAGUGCAUUGAGGUAUCUAUGGAGACAAAGAACAUUAUCCAUGGAGGCAAAGAAGGGAAUAUAUGAGAGUAUAGUAGUACCAACAUUCAUAUAUGGGUGUGAAGCAUGGGUUGUGAAUGUUGCAGCGAGGAGGAGACUGGAGGCAUUGGAGAUGACAUGUUUGAGGGCAAUGUAUGGCAUAAAUAUUAUGCAGAGAAUUCAUAGUGUGGAAAUUAGGAGGUGGUGUGGAGUUACUAAAAGUAUUAUUCAGAAGGCCGAGGAGGAGUUGUUGAGAUGGUUCAUCAUUUAGAGAGAAUGGAACACAAUAGGAUGACUUGGAGGGUGUAUAAAUUUGUAAUGGAUGAGUAGGGAGCAUCCUGAGAAAGGAUGGAGGGAGGGGGUAAAAGAGAUUUUGUACAUGCAGCAGACGAGUGAGCGUGUUAGGAGUGAGUGGAGAUGAAUGGUUUUUGGGACUUGACAAGCUGUUGGAGCAUGAGCAAGGUAGUAUUUUGUGAAGGGAUUCAGGGAAACCGGUUAGCCGGACUUAGUCCUGGAGGUGAAAAAUACAGUGUCUGCACUCUGAAGGAGGGGUGGGGAUAUUUGCAGUUUUGAACUGCAGUAUUGGCACACAUCUGGCAAGACAGUGAUGAUGAAAGCAUUUUUUUCUUUUUUGGGUCACCCUACCUCAGUGGGAGAUGGUUGAUGUGUUCAAAAAAAAAAAAAUGGAGCGUGACGAUAUCUAACCAAGAAAGAACUUGAAACAAUAAAUUUAAGUUAGAUGAAUUUAGAUUUAGAAAGAAUAUGGGAAAAUUUUGGUUUGGCAAUAUGGUUUAGUUGAUGAGGAGAAGAAACUGAGUAGUAAUCAUUGAUGCUAAUACCAUGGGUAGCUUUAAAAAUACAUUAGAAAAAUAAGAGUGAUAAGGAUUUAGGGCAAGGAUCUGUUGAGCAUGGGCCAGUAGGCAUAUUGCAAUGCUCCUUUAUUUUUGUAUUUGUAUGUUCAGCAAUAAGCUCACACUUGAACAUACAGCUUUCACUACAGAAAAAAAAAAUGAGCAUAAUCACACUUCAGCACAAUCUGUCGAAUAAAGACUAGCCUUGCUAAGUACCUUAGUUAUACCCUUGUCAGAAAUUUUAGUCAUAGUAGAUAGUGUGGGAAUACUGACUAGUAGUAGUCAAGACAUGCAAGCAACAAUUGGAAACAAUUAAAUCUCCAUUUUGCUUACACAGUAGACUCAAGUUUGAUCACUUAAAGCCUGCUGUGCAGAUGAAGCAUAGUCUUAAUGUAGUUAACAAUUGCUGCUUGUGUGUCAUUAUCAACAAUUUCACUGUCACUUGAGAAUGUGAAUCCAUUGACUGGUUUUCUUUGAUUGGCUUAAGAUUUGUAUCUCAUUUAUUUCUUGAAAUUCUCAAAAUUUCCAUCACAUUAUGGAACUUGCCACGUACACUGCAAAAUAAAAUUCUUAGAGUUCAGAAAAUGGGCACCAGUAAAGGAAAACUAUAUGAUAGUUUUUGGAAAUUGUAAUUUGAAGCACAUUGAGCAAUGGAGCUUCCCAAACAGAGCUGCUGUUUAAAUAACAUGAUAUUGUUACUUAUGUUUCAUUUUUUUUCCAUUUCACUAUUAAGUUCCCAAGUUGAAUAUAAACAUCCUGUUAAAAUGUUCAGUAGUGUAUCCAUUUUUGAAGAACUUUUGUUUUUAGCCUUCAUAUUACUUUCAUCUUAUCUUUUCACACAUUACUUUCUGCCUUCAAAUUUUCCACCAUCUUCCAUUUCAGGAUCAUUUGAUGAUGAAUAAAAAGGCACAAUACCGUGACUGGAACAAUACAUAAAUAACCCUCACAUAAAAAGAAACUAAUGGCAACAUUUCGGUCUGACUUGGACCAUUAACCCUUUGACUGUCGCAUCCCCAAAUCCUGAGGUGUCUCCUGGUGCCGAAAAAUUUUUGGAAAAAAAAAAAAUUAUUUUCCCUCUUGAAAUGAUAGAGAAUCUUUUCCCAAUGGUAAUGACACCAAAAGAACAAAAUUUGAUGGAAAAUUUACGGAAUUAUGCUCUUGCGAAGUUAGCGACUUAGGCGAUAUUUACAAAUCGGCGAUUUCGCCCACUUUGAGCCCUAUUUUUGGCUAAUUCCAUUGUUCCAGUCGACCAAACUCAUAGUAUUUCUUUACAGUUCCAUUUGUUCUAUCGAUUGAGUACAAGAAACUGCCCAUUUACUGAUUUCAACUACCCAAUAAUGUGGUCAGAAAUUUGCAAUUUGGCCAGUUUCACGCAAAUUAAAAAAAUGUCAAUUUUAAAACGGUCCAGGAUGAACAGUGCAGGCAUUCCUGGCUCUAAAAUAACAUUUUCUUUGUUCAUCAGUCACGUCUCUAGGCCCCUCUGAUAUUACUCUUGCUUUCUAUUUUGAAUUUUUAUUCAAACAAAAAAUAGAAGAUUUACUGUUAUGCAGACUACUGCAAUACUGUAAUAAUUGUAUAAAUAAUGUCAACCCAUUUAUGGCUGCACAUUAGAAUGGCUAGUUGGACAUUUAUUGGACAAUGACAUUACUUUAGAACAUCAGCAUAAAUCAAACAUUUCCCCUACUUUGAGCUCCAUUUCAAGGUUUUUUUCAUAGUAAAACCAGUCAAAAUCACCCCUAUUUCUAUUAUAUGUUUUCCAUUCUAUCAAAUGAGACCACAAAAACGAGAAUACAGCCAUAAAUAUUAUACGAAAAUACACCACAAAGUCGGCAUUUUAAUCCAAAAACACGGUCUGAGUUUUUUUUUUCUCAUCAUGCAUUGCAUGCUGCAGGAUUUUUUUAUAUGGUGCACACUGACCACACAAACCCAUUCUCUCACAUGUGGGCCUACCAGCUUUCUCCUGCUUGAUUUGAAGCUGCUAGAAUUUUUGAGUAUAUAUACGUUAAACACAGUGGUUCAUAAGACAUAUAUAUACGACCGAAACAGUCAAAGGGUUAACUAGUCACUUCAGUAUCCCAUUACCUAGGUCUAUCUAUUGGUAUAUGUAAUUCUUUAACAUCCUCUCCUGUUCUUUUGAAAACAUUACAUAUGUGUAGCUAGUGUUCUUCACUAGUGCUUGUAUUUCUUCAUUCCACCACCUAUAAUUACUGUAACCAUUUCUAAUUUUCUUUCUUGUAUAGUAUAAGAUUUGCUUCUUUCUUUGUACUGUAUAAAAUCACUAUACAGUUAAACUUUCACCUUCACUGAUGUAUUUUUGACAGUAGUCUUCUAGCAUCUUUUGACACCAUCUUGCCUCUUUUUCACUUCGACACUUUAGGGUUUGUACAGUCACUUUGUCCUUAUCCUCAACUUUCAUUGUAAAACAUGUUGGUCUAAAUUUGCAGUGAAGUGUUUCCUUUAUUGCUGCUGCAUUUACUUCACCUUGAUUCUGUUUUCUUCUGUUAUGUAGUUUUAAAAUUUCUUAUCAAAUGAAGUACCGUAAGUUUAAGAAAUUAAUUUUAAUAAAAGCACACUGAAUACAUAGACUUCUAUAAUUAACUCUCCAUUUGGAUUAAUGCCAGACACCAUCUUAUCUUUCACUUGUUUAUAAGUUUACACCUGUAUUCAUCUUGCACUGAACAGUUACUUUUUUUAUCUAGCAAUCAUUUAAUACAUCACAAAAAGUUUUUAUCUUUCCAGUCUUAUCUGAUUCCUUACCUACAAGGCCCAUCCAUAAGUCCUUAAUUAACACACAAUAACAUUUGAAAUAUUUUAAAAUAUAUUGUCUCUUAGAAAAAGAAGUCUUUGAAGAAAUCAUUAUCUCGUAUUGUUAUUUUUUUAAGGUAUAAUUCAGUCUCAGAUUUAGAAAAGAUUGUUUAACUUUAUAUAAAAAAAAUGCCUACAAAGAAUAUCUUUUAUAAGUAUGUAUGAAUGAUGGAGAUCAUGGAAGAGGUAUGAACAGACUGAAUAGGAUCUGAAAGAUUAUUUUUGAAAGAAAAGCAGAAGUUUGUGAUGCCUUAUUUCACAUGUAGAAAGCUGGGAGAAAUUUGCAGAGUGAAAAGGUGGCAUAAUUUUUACUUACAUUGUAGAUCACUGUUCACAGUAUAUUAUAGUAAGAAAACUAAAAAAUAGUCAUUGCUUGUUCUCUUAUUGUUCUCUUCUUUAUAUUUGUCACAUUGUUUUGAAUGCUUGCUUAUAUAUUCUCAUCUUUAAUCUAAAUACAGCUGUACCUUGAGUUUUGAAUAGCUCCUAACUCGAACAGUUAUGCAAGUGCAUUUUUGUAAGUGCUUUUGUAAGUGUAUUUUUGGGGAUCUGAAAUGGACUAAUCUAAUUUACAUUAUUUCUUAUGGAAACAAAUUCGUUCGGUAUCAGCACUUGAACAGCCUGCUGGAACGAAUUAAGUUCGUAACUCGAGGUACCACUGCAUUAGCAGAGCUUUUGUUUCUCUUCCAUUAGCGUUGUGCAUCCUUGUGAAUAUUAUGGUAAUUGGCUCACUUGCCGAGAGCUUUUAUUUCUUUUACUUAAAAUAAUUACUGUACAUUAUUUUCUUAAACGUUUUACUUUGAUCAUAUCUUCUAUUUAUGGAUUAAUGUUUCUUGUAAUGAUAGAUACUUAUUGUGUGGCUGUCAGGUUACUGUGUUGUAAACUGGGCAAUGCUUUUAUUAUAGCUGUUGGGCUGUGAAACUUAGUGGUAUGAUGAUUGACACUUUUUAGGAUUGCUUAUGCCAAACUGCUUUGAUCACAAAAAUAUUUAGUAUAGUAUAUUAAAAAGUUAUUAUCACUUAUUGCACAUUAUGGUGUUCUAGAUUUUCUUUACUAAAGUGAAAUGUUAAAAAAAAUUUAUAUUUUGAAAGAUUCGGGAGCAAUCUACAGUGGACCCCCGGUUAACGAUAUUUUUUCACUCCAGAAGUAUGUUCAGGUGCCAGUACUGACCGAAUUUGUUCCCAUAAGGAAUAUUGUGAAGUAGAUUAGUCCAUUUCAGACCCCCAAACAUACAUGUACAAAUGCACUUACAUAAAUACACUUACAUAAUUGGUCGCAUUCGGAGGUGAUCGUUAUGCGGGGGUCCACUGUAUUUUGUCAAAAAUGUCUCGACUUCCUUUGUAGUAAGAAACAUGCAAUAAGUACAAGUUAGAUGACCCUAGUAACUGAUACAGUUCAACAUACCCAUGAUAGUGAACCUUUAAAGUGUACCUCAUUUUAAAAUCUAUGUAUGUAGUUAAAAAAAAAAUAUUGUAUCAGUAAGAUUUCAGGUUUUCAAUAUUUUAACUCAAAAAUAAACAUAAAUGAUUAA